UCUCUCACAGUCAAAUCACCCGGUUGUACAGUCGCUUCACUAGCCUCGACAAAGGAGAGAACGGCACUCUGAGCCGUGAGGACUUCCAGAGGAUUCCAGAGCUUGCCAUCAAUCCACUGGGAGACAGAAUUAUCAAUGCCUUCUUUCCAGAAGGAGAGGACCAGGUGAACUUCCGUGGGUUCAUGAGGACGCUGGCUCACUUCCGACCCAUCGAAGACAAUGAAAAGAGCAAAGACCAGAAUGGGCCAGAGCCCCUCAACAGCCGAAGUAACAAGCUCCACUUUGCUUUUCGGUUAUAUGAUCUAGAUAAAGAUGACAAGAUUUCCAGGGAUGAGCUUCUUCAGGUCUUGCGGAUGAUGGUCGGUGUGAACAUUUCAGAUGAGCAGCUGGGCAGCAUUGCUGACAGGACAAUCCAGGAAGCUGACCAAGAUGGGGACGGUGCCAUCUCCUUUGCAGAGUUUGCAGAGGUUAUGAAGAAGGUGGAUGUAGAACAGAAAAUGAGCAUUCGAUUUCUUCACUGAUAGAUGGAGAACCUGUUCCUUCCUGCCCCUACUAUGUAAUGAAUAGAACUUAAUUUUCUCCUUA